AUGGUAUUACUUUUUUUAAUAAACAUUACUAAUGCUAUUGGUAAUUAUCGAGAAAAUCUUGCACAACGUCAUCCAUGCAAUACACUCAAUAGACGUCUCAUACCAUAUAUCACAUGGACAGAAAAACUUGCUAAUAGCCAAUAUAAAGUUCAAAAAGAUGCUUGUGGUCAGAUUGAUAUCGGACCAGCAUGUUGUACACAUGAAAUUAUGAAUUCUUAUGCAACAUCACUUGGUAAUGAAUUAAAAAAUAUACUCGAUGCUGAAUUGAAUAACUUAACAAAAUUACUUUCAGUAUCAAAACAACAAAUCGAUUCUUGGUCAAAAGAAUACAUCAUGGAAUUGCAUCAUUUAACAGUAUCAUCACUUGAAACAUUGUUUGGUACAAAGGAAUAUCGUUUAAAUAUUGAUCAUUCAGUAUCAACUUUAUUCAAUACUCUUAGUAAUAGUCAUUCAUCUGUUGACGAUGUAUCAAAAUCAACUGUGAAUUUAUUUAAUCAUCUGAUUAUUUCAUUAUAUCGACGAUUUAUAAUAAAUAAUGAUCAAAUUGUAUUGGAUAAUAAUUUUCAAAAAUGUCUUAUAAAUAAAGCAUUUGAUAUAGACGCAUUACCAAAACAACGUGAAUUACUUUAUAUAUUAACAAGUGCAUCAUCAAUAAUUCAAAUAUUUUAUACCAUGCUUGUUUAUAUUGAUGCAGAUAUUCAACGAUUAAAAACAACAGCAACAAUGAAUUCAAAACAAUGUAUACAACGCUAUGCAAGAGAAACAUUAUGUCCUAUAUGUGUUCGUACAUCAUCUUCAUUUAAUCAAAACAAUAAUAAUGAUAUCAGGAAAGUUUUAUGUAAAAAUGAUUGUCGAUAUAUAAUUAAAACAUGUCUCAAUCAAACAAAUGAUCCUUAUAUGGCAUUUGCUUCAAUUGCUAAAAAUUAUUCUGAUAUUAUAAAAGAAAUUGAACAUGCUGUUAUUGAACUUAAACUUGUUGAACAUCUUGCGAAAUUACACAUUUACUUAUAUGACAUGGUUGUUAAUGCUUCUAAUAGUCGACAUAUAUAUGUGGAACUUCAAAAUGCUUGUUCAAAUGAAAAUACUAAAUCUUUUAGUCCUAUUCUUUCGUUACCACCAACUAUAACUGAACGACGUGAACUUGUUUUCCAAUGGAAUAGAUCAUUACAUUUUGUGCUCAAACGAACUCAAUCAUCUAUGGAUAGUCUCAAUACAAAAUUUACAAAAAAGCUAAUCACUGGUAUUUGUUCGAAUUCAAAGUAUGCUAUUAAGUCAGAUCGAUGCACACAAAUCGAUAAGCAAACUACAAACCAUUUCAUUCAAUGGCCACUUCCACCUGUCUCCGAGUUUACAUUAAAUACGCAUGACGCAGAAUUGACACGUAAUCAACUUGAUGAGUUAAAAAAAAAGCUAAAACCUAUACAACAAAUAAUUAAAUUUCUUCAACCAAAAAAAAAAUAUUCAUUAAUACAAUACAUACCUGAUUUUGAAUCAUAUAAUGAUGAUGUUAAUAUUAUUGAUUAUGAUACAGAAUUAUUACCAUUUAUUGAAACUGAUGAUACUGAUAUUCAUGGAUCACUUAGUGAACAACUUUACAAUGAAAUUGAUGGACAAACUACACGUCGAUCAAUUGUUACUACUAGUAAAUAUGUUGAAAAGAAAAAGAUUAACAAUGGUAAAUUAAUAACAUACAGUUUGCCAUUAUAUCUAAUAAUUGUCAUCAUUCAUCGAAUUUGA